AUGGCAAAAAAGAAAGCAUUCAUUCCCCUUCUAUGUCUUACAUCUAUAGUCUUUUUGCCCUGGUGCAUCUCUUUUACAUUUAAGAAAAGUCUGGAAUCUUGGAUUCCUAAUUGGUGGAAUACGAAAGAAUCCGAAAUUUUCUUGAAUAUUAUUCAAGAAAAAAGUUUUUUAAAGAAAUUCAUAGAGUUCGAGGAACUGUUCCUCUUGGAUGAAAUGCUAAAGGAAUACCCAGAAACACGUUUACAAAACCUUCGUAUCGAAAUCUACAAAGAAAUCAUCCAAUUGAUCGAGACGAACAACCAAGAUCGUAUCCAUACGAUUUUGUAUUUCUGUACAAAUAUAAUAGGUUUCCUUAUUCUAAGUGGUUAUUCUAUUAGGGGUAAUCAAGAACUCAUUAUUCUUAACGCUUGGGUUCAAGAAUUUCUAUAUAACUUAAGUGACACAAUAAAAGCUUUUUCGAUUCUUUUAUUAACUGAUUUUUGUAUAGGAUUCCAUUCGACUCAUGGUUGGGAACUAAUGGUUGGGUCUGUCUAUAAAGAUUUUGGAUUUACUCAGAAUGAUCAAAUUAUAUCUGGUCUUGUUUCCACUUUUCCGGUCAUUUUAGAUACAAUUUUUAAAUACUGGAUUUUCCGUUAUUUAAAUCGUGUAUCUCCGUCGCUUGUAGUUAUUUAUCAUUCAAUGAAUGACUGA